AUGUUUAUCAAGCAGGUUAUAAUCCAGGGUUUUCGUUCAUAUCGUGAUGAAACAAUUAUCGAACCAUUUAGUCAGCGAUAUAAUAUUAUCGUCGGACGAAACGGUUGUGGAAAAUCGAACUUUUUCUUUGCCAUUCAAUUUGUUUUAAGUGAUGAAUUUAGUAAUUUAUCAGCCGAAGGUCGUUAUAAUUUAAUGCAUGAAGGUAUUAAUAGUCGAGCAUUGAAUGCUUAUGUUGAAAUCAUUUUCGAUAAUUCUGACAGUCGUAUUAUGAUUGAUAAACCUGAAAUAGCUGUACGACGACAGAUCAGUGGUAAAAAAGACAAUUAUUUUCUUGAUCGUAAAGUUGUCAACAAAACGGAUAUAAUCAAUAUGCUUGAAGGUGCAGGAUUUUCACGAUCAAAUCCUUAUUAUAUUGUUAAACAAGGCAAAAUAACUCAAAUGGCUAUUGCACCAGAUGCAAAUCGACUUCAAUUAUUACGUGAAGUAGCUGGUACCAAAGUUUAUGAUGAAAAGAAGCAAGAAAGUGAAGCUAUAUUAGCUGAAACAGAGGAACGCCGAAAGAAAAUAGCCGAUCUGUUGAAAGCUAUCGAAGAACGUUUAUUGAGUCUUGAAACUGAAAAAGAAGAACUUAAACAAUAUCAAAAAUGGGAUAGAUCAAAACGUGGAUUGGAAUGUGCUAUUUGCAUGGCGGAAUGUGAAGAAGCAAAAAAACGAAUUGACGAAAUUGUUGCAAAAAUGAAUGGUGCUACACAAAAGAUCGAACAAUUGGAAAGUGAUCGUUUGUCUGUAACUGAAUUAGUUCAACAAAAUAUGGAUUCCAUAACAGAACUUAAACAACGUUUGCAAACGCAACAAAUCGAACGGGAAACGUUAAUUGUUGAUAACAAGGACAAUUUUCAACGCAAAGCCCAAAUUGAACUUGAAUUACAAGAUCUUCAAGGUGAAACUGAACAACGUGAUGUAAAACGAGAUGACUUGAAAAGAGAACUUGCCAAAUACGACAAAUUAUUAACUGAAAGUGAACAACAGUUAGCUAAAAUUCUUCCAAACUACGAUCUACUACGUCGUGAAGAAGAACAAAAAACAGCACAACGUGAUCUUGCUGAAGAAAAACGUAAAGAAUUAUUUGCUAAGCGUGGUCGUGGAAAUCAAUUUGGAUCGAAAGAAGACCGUGAUAAAUGGAUUCGCCUUGAACUUAAAUCAUUAAACAAAGCCAUACAUGAUAAACGUGAACAAAUGCAACGUUUAAAAAAAGAAUUGGAAGAUGAAACAAUAAAAUCACGUGAAAUUGAAGAACAACUUCGACAAAUUGCUGACAACGGAAACGAACAACGUUCUCAUAUGGACAAUGUCAGUACACGUGUGCGAGAUCUUCGACAAAAGAAAAGUGAUAUUGCUGGUCAAAAAACAGAUUUGGCACGUAAAGAAACACAAUUACACAUGCAACUCAGUCAAACGCGAGAUGAACUACGAAAAAGUCAAGAUUCGCUUCGAUCAAUUAUGAAUAAAGGCGCAGCGUCAGGUGCUGAUGGUAUACAACGACUUCUUCGUCAAUAUACUGAUGAAAAUCGUAAUCUCGAUAUUGUCAAAGCAUAUCAUGGUACUUUAAUUGAAAAUAUCGAAUGUGAUCCAGCAUUUUAUACCGCUGUUGAAGUUAUUGCCGGUAAUCGACUUAAUUAUCAUAUCGUCGAUAACGAUGUUGUUGCAACACGUUUAGUCAAAGAAUUCAAUAAUGCUCGACAACGUGGUGAAAUUCAUUUCUUACCAUUGAACGUUUUAGAGGUUCACAAUAAUACAAUGUCACAUAUCAAUGGUGCUUCGCCUUUAAUUGAUCAACUUCAAUGGGUGCCAAAAGUGGAAAAAGCCGUUCGUCAUGUAUUUAAUCGUAUUAUGCUCUGCGAAGAUUUCAAUUCAGCUACACGUACAGCUCGACAAUAUGACGUCGAUUGUGUGACAUUAGACGGUGAUCAAGUUCAACGAAAAGGUGCAUUGACAGGUGGUUAUAUUGAUAAGCGAAUAUCACGAUUGGAGUUACAAGGUGCAAUAAAACAAUUGCGAAGCACACUAACUAAAUAUGAAGAAGAAUACGACAAACUUCGUCAGGAAAUAACACAUAUUGAUAAUGAACAUAAUAAUAUUAUGACAGAAUUACAACGUGAAGACAUGAAAUCGAAGAAAAACUGGGACAACUAUGAACAAAUGAAAUCGGAUUCUAAGCAUCUUCAGUCAGAAUUAGAUCGUAUUAUUACUCAUCGUCCUACAAAGGAACGUCAAUUGAAUACACUUCAUGCUACUAUCGAACAAUUUUGUGCCAAAGAAGAAUCAUUACAAUCUGAACUGGGCAGUGAUCUUAUCUCACAGUUAACUGUAGAAGAGCAAGCUACUAUUGAUCGACUCAACAAUACUAUUGAGUAUAUAACACAAGAAUUAAAAGAAAUUAUUCGAAAACGUGUUGAACUCGAAGGCACUAAAACAAGACUCGAACAUCAAAUUUCAAAUAAUUAUCGAAAAAAUCGUGAUCGUAUCAGCACGGAUCUUGAACGACUUCAUGUUGAAAAUGUUCGUAGUGUUAUUGAAGAACUUGAACGUGAAUAUACCAUUCUAUCGGACAAACUUAAUGAACAUGAAAAGCAAACUGAUGCCAUUGAUCGAAUCAUCAACAACUUAGAUCGAGAACUAAAAGCAAAACAAAAAGAGCUUGAACAAUUAAAAAAUUCAGAUAAAGAUAUUGAUGAACGUAUAAAUGAAGAAAAACGCAAUACCGACAAAUACGAAGUUAAAUUACGUAAUGCACAGAAUAAGCUUGAUGAAAGUACCAAACGUCAGAAUGAUAUCGGAGUUCCACCGGAUGGACUUGAAAAAUACAAGGAAAUUCCAACAAAACAACUUCAACGUGAUCUUGAUCGUGCUGUUGUUGAAUUGAAAAAAUAUGCCCAUGUCAAUAAAAAGGCACUCGAUCAAUUUCUUCAAUUUAGUGAUGAGCGUGAUAAAUUAACAAAUCGUAAAGCUGAAAUCGAUGAAGCACAUCGACACAUUGUUGAUUUAAUCGAAAGUCUUGAUAAUAAACGAUUUGAAACAAUACAAUUUACAUUCAAACAAGUUUCAUUAUAUUUUACUGAAGUUUUUAAACGACUCGUACCUGAAGGAACAGCUCAUUUAGUCAUUAAAAAAGGCGACAAUGAGGAUUAUGAUAGUGAACAAGUUUCAUCUCAAAGUUCCGGACAACAAAUGUCUGUCGACGAUUUUACAGGUGUUGGUAUUAAGGUCUCAUUUAAUGGUCGUGCCAAUGAAAUGCGCGAUAUGCAACAAUUAUCUGGUGGUCAAAAAUCACUUGUUGCAUUAGCAUUAAUUUUUGCAAUACAAAAAUGUGAUCCAGCCCCAUUUUAUUUAUUCGAUGAAAUCGAUCAAGCACUAGAUCCACAAUAUCGACAUGCAGUUGCAGAUAUGAUUAAUGAAUUAAGUCAAAAAGCGCAAUUUAUCAUAACAACAUUUGGUCCGGAUUUACUUAAGUAUGGAGAUAAAUUUUAUGGUAUUACAUAUCGUAAUAAAGUUAGUCAAAUACGAUCGGUGACACGAGACGAAGCAUUAGAAUUUGUCGAAGACAAUGAUGCACAAAAUCAAGUUGCACAAGCAGCAGUUGCAACAACGGCAGUUCAAAACUAA